ACAGUGUUGAAGGGCAAGCUCACCCAGGCAGAUUGGUAGAAAGCACUAGAAUGUCAACAGAGGGGUUUAACCUAAAUCUCCGAGGCAACACAGUUCCCAUCAUGCUCCAUGCUUACUCCAAGUUGGGUGACAUUUAAAUACAGUACUGUCCUCCUUUGUUCCAUAAUUGCCCCUUCUUGCAUGUGUUUUGGUAUUCGGUGAAGCCUCAUUUUGUGAAAACCCUCAUUUAUCUGGUCCACUGCCCAGUAUUUCUCCUGCUGAAUGUACCUCCUCUGUGUCAGUGGUGUCGCCUGUGCUCUAAACUGAGAUUAAAACAAGAUUAAUCAGGGAUUAGGUCAUAAGAUAAGAGGAGUGAGGGAUGCACUGAAUGAGCGCAUGGAGAACAAUCUGUCAUUUUCUUCAUAAACUGAUGCAUCUAUUGUGUGAAGCUACUUUGGGUAACCAGCACAAAUUCACUGUGCUUAAACACUUCUCAUUCUUACAUGUACAUUCUUUGUGUGUGUCCAUCCAUGUACACCUAUACCGCCAGGCUCUGCUAUGGUGAGGUGUGUCAGCGAUGACGGAUGUGGAGGCGACCUAUGAGGACUUCAUCGCCUCUCGACGGUCUGGCCGCCGGAAUGCCAUCCAUGAAAUCCAAGAUUCCCCUGGAGGACAGGGACCUGCUGACUUAUCGCAAAGUCUUGCACAGCUCAACAUCAACAAGUCAGGUGAUGACGGGGAAGACGCUGAGAAAAGCCAGGAAUCUCCAGCUAAAGAAGAGGAGACUCAAGCGGAGGGGAGCUGAGCGACAGCAGGUCACAGACAUGAGGACUUAAACAAAUGCUGUUUCAUGUCUGCCAGCUCCCCGACUGGCCAGUUGGAUCUAAUGACUAUAAAGACAAACAGCAAAAUCCUCCACUGCUACCAUCAGCAAGUUAUCACUAUGGCAACCACAGUGCAGUCUCCCUUCUUCACUUGGGCGUGCUCCAGUCUCCUUUAAAAGCCUCCUUUGCUCGUUGCUACUGCUGAUACAUGACUGAAUGUAAAGCUUGAUCAAAACAGCAGGAUCAUCCUCUCAAACCAACACUGUCCAUCUAUCACUGGUUCUGAGAGCAGAGGGGAGAAAAGGAGGGCAUUCAAGGUUUCUGGGGCGAGUGAGUUAGCUCUUAGUUAGCAUUUAGUCUUCCCUCCCCCCUCCACACAUUGAAUCAAUCACUACUGAUGUGGCUGCACUUCUGGGAGACACUUCGAAGGAACGGGAUUCAAUCAGACACUUAUUCUUACUCUGAUCUUCUUGCAUUAAUCUCCAUACACAUGUAUGUAAUUCCUGGAUCACUGGACUUUUGUUGUUGUUUGAGUUGUUAACACAUCAGUCUGUGUCGUUUGGGGGUGCAUGCCCACAUCUGCAUUCCUAUAUGUUCAAACCUAAAUUUAACAGGCCAAGGGGGGUAUCAUGUUCUAUUUCUUUGUUUGUCCAGCCCAUGUGCAAUUCAUAUUAUCCAAACAGAACCACUUCAUAUCUAACACAAGAUGCUAGUUUCAUAGAUUAUUGAUUAGUUUUUGACCGGCUGCCAUCACUGCUUUACACACUGACAUAGUGUCACCUAAAGUUCAGCAAAAUAAAGCGUGUGUACUUCUUUUAGAUAAUGCUUAUUGUUGCCAAAGCAAAUAAUCUGUUAUUAUACUACAAUUUCUAAGAUUUUGUAUAUUCAGUACAUUUUCAUUCUAAAUUUUCUUGUUUUCUGGUAAUUAGUACUUAAAAAUAUACCUUAGCAUAUGAUGUAAUUCAUUUUGUAUUGUAUGUAGUGAGCAAAUAGCAUCAAAUACUAAAUGUGAGACACAUUUGAACCAUUAGUCAGAUUUUUGCUCUUAUAUUUUGGAAUUCAACUCUGGAAAUGAGGUUCCACCCUUGUCACACAUCAUAACUGAUUACUUAAUGUAGAUAAUCAUGUUUUAUUAUCCAUGUCAUUGUUGGACUACUGAAGUCAUCCGACCUGUGGAAUGUGAUGGUGAUGUACUGUAUGAAGGGUUUUCCACUCUCUACUGGGAUACGGGGGUUAAUAAUGCACUGACUGUGUCCAUAGUUGUCCAAAAUAAACUGUGUUCAGGUUCACUUCGAUCUAUACACUGCCAUUUACUAGUAGGAGGGAUUUCAGUGGAUAUUGCUACAGGGAAUAUAAUAUAUUUACUGCCGGUGACCUGGAAAUUUAUACCUGAUUGCACUCAAUGACACUACUGUGUACUAAUGUAUUUUAUUAUAGGUUAGAAUAAUUACUUUACUUUAAGGGUGGAUGUUGAGUGAUUAUUGUGUACUUACUGUAUGAAUUUUGCAUGCCCAUUUAAAUUUGUUUUGACCCCUCAAAAUAACAACGCAUCUCAACACUGCAAUAGUAGAUACAGCAUACUGCCUUGUUUUGUAACACUCGUCAAAUGUGUGAGUAUGCACUUCAAAAUUGCAAGUGGUACAACAUUGACAUACUGUGCUUUUUUGUGAUUCUUUUCUUAAAUCCAAUAGAAUUAUCCCUAAAUCUGAUUUUGUCAUUUGUUUACUGGUUUUGUUGUAAGAAGCAUUAGAUUUGGAAAGAGGAAUAGUGUGAAUUAAUGUGUGAAUUGGCCAGUACUGUUGCACUGUGGGUGACUUAAAACACCUUUAAUCAUGUUGUUUCUCCAUAUCAUACUUUUUGUAGCUCAUUCAUGAGUCAUGUCACUAUGUCGGCAGUGAUCACAUUAUGUAAUGCCAUCAUAUUUGACUUUGUUCGUUUUGAUGUGGAAUUAAAUCUCACUGGUGAAAAAGU